AUGAAGACAUCAUCAGUUGCAUUCGCCUCUUACCUUAUAUGGGGUCUUGCAUGGGGUCACUAUGACUUUCCUGCCCUUAUCAACAACGGCGCCGUCACAACCAAUUGGGAAUAUGUUCGCCAGUGGACUGGGUACAACACGUUUGUUCCAGUGGAAAACGUUAGCAGUCUUGACAUUCGAUGUAAUGUGGACGGAAGCACCGUUUCCGCUCCCGGCACCCUGAGCAUUGCCGCAGGGACUGAGUUGGGUUUCACGAUUUUGCCCCAGGUUGAACACCCAGGACCUAUGGCUGUCUAUAUGGCGCGAGUUCCGGAAAGUUCAACAGCUACAAGCUGGGACGGUAGCGGACAAGUGUGGUUUAAAAUCAUGGAGUCUGGUGCCACCAAUAAUGCGAACCCUCUCAACUGGGCUUACCUGGGCCAGAACAAGGUAAAUUUUACUCUUCCUGCGGCUCUACCCAGCGGACAGUACCUCGUUCGAGUCGAGAGUAUUGGGUUGCAUCAGGCCCAAACCGUAGGAGGGGCCCAAUUCUACCUUUCCUGUGGCCAAGUCGAAGUGACUGGAGGCGGUAAUGGAAACCCAGAGCCGCUUGUUGCCUUUCCUGGGGCUUAUCAACCGACUGACCCAGGGAUUCUCAUUGAUAUUUGGAAUCCAUCUACAACCUCUUACAAUCCUCCAGGGCCUCCUGUGUGGCAAGGAUAUUAG